AUGCGUGCUGACAAAGCGCAUCUCUGGACAUCCAGCAAGGACUUUUUGGGCUGUGAUCAUGUGCAGGUGUGGUUGGUGGCGGGGGACUGUUUCUUGAUCGGGCUGGCUCCAGUUCUGGUGCACAUGUCCAAGGGGCCGGACGGCAAAUUCCCCUUUCAUCCAGUUUCCAUCAACCUCCUGGUGGAGGUCGCGAAGACCAUAUUCGCCACGGUUGUGCUCAUGCUCUAUCAGGGCACGGGGCGGCCGGGCCCGCCGCUGUACCGCAGCGCGCGCGCAUUCGUGCGCGACGCGCGGCACAACCAGCUGCUGGCGAUUCCUGCUGGGCUGUAUGCGGUCAACAACUACCUCAAGUUCGCCAUGCAGCUCUUCUUUAAGCCCACCACCGCCAAGAUGCUCGGCAACCUCAAGAUCCUGGUCAUAGCGGUGCUGAUGAAGUGGGUGCUGAAGCGCACGUUCAGCGUGUUCCAGUGGGAGGCCCUCCUCUUGCUGGUGGCAGGCAUCACCGUCAACCAGCUCAACUACUGCAAUGACGGGGACAUGUUUUCGGGGGUGGCGAUAGCGUACACGCUGGGCAGCGUUACGGUGCCAUCCCUGGCAUCGGUCUACAACGAGUUUGCGCUGAAGAAGCACAUGGACACAAGCGUGCACGAGCAGAACUUCUUCCUCUACUUCUACGGCGCUCUCUUCAACCUGCUGGGCGUGCUGGCCACGAUGGCCUUUGGUGGGCUCUCCUGGACUGCCAUUUUCCAUGGGCACAGCAAGGUGACGAUGCUGCUGGUGAUGAACAACGCGCUGCAGGGUAUCCUCUCCUCCUUCUUCUUCAAGUACGCGGACACCAUCCUGAAGAAAUACUCGUCCACCGUGGCCACCAUCUUCACCGGCAUCAUGUCUGCGGCGCUCUUCGGCCAUUCUCUGACGCUCAACUUCGCCAUCGGAGUCACCAUCGUUUUCAUCUCCAUGCACCAGUUCUUCGCGCAAGGUGAGCUCGCCAGGGUUCACAUGCUAGCACCCCUUAUAUAA